CUGUGUAACCAAUUUAUUGUGUUUUUACCAGCUACUCACAUUACCGGUGUGGUUAAAUGGUUCAACGUGAAAAGUGGCUACGGAUUUAUCAAUCGAUGUGACACCAAAGAGGACAUAUUUGUGCAUCAGAGUGCCAUAUUGAAAAAUAAUCCACACAAAUGGCAACGAUCUGUGGGUGAUGGGGAACAAGUGGAAUUUGAUGUGGUCCAAGGAGACAAAGGUUUGGAAGCGAUGAAUGUCACGGGGCCGCAUGGAACACAUGUACAGGGAAGCAAAUACGCAGCCGACAAACGUCGCUAUCGAUCACGCUCAUUCGGACGUUCCCGAUCGUAUCAUUUCUACGGCACUCGAGCUGGCAGUGUACCGGGACCACGUGGACCAAUCUCGCACAUGUUCACACGAUCCUCGUCCAGAGAUUCGACCAGAGUUGAUUCACGUUAUGAUGAUUUGGGACCGGAUGGGGACACAUAUCCGAUGAUCAGUCCACGAUUAGCGCGUCCACAGUUUGCCUCUCAGCAUCAACCACCGUUAUUGCCGUUAUUACCGAUGCAUCAGAAUAUGUUUAUGUCACGUCGAUCGCCUAAUAUGCGUCAGGUAAGACUAUUUUGA